AUGGAGAACUUCUGGUUCAUUUUCAUUGUUUCUCUUUGUAUCUGUGCAAUCCUCAAAUCCCUCUUCAAUCUAGUUUCCUCUUCAUCCUCAUCCACCAAAAACAAGGACGAGGUUCCUCUUCCUCCUGGUCCCACCACUUUCCCGGUCAUCGGCAGUUUGCUAUGGCUCCGAAAAUCUUUUGCAGAAAUAGAACCCAUCAUUCGAGCCACCAAAAAUCGGUACGGUCCCAUUGUAUCUCUCCGGAUCACUUCCCGGCCUUCCAUUUUCGUGGGCAGUCACUCCCUGGCCCACCGUGCUCUGGUCCAAAACGGUGCCGUUUUCUCCGACCGUCCCGCUGCCCUUCCGACGGCCAAGAUCUUUAACAGUAACCAGCACAACAUCAGCUCCGCCGCUUACGGUCCCACCUGGCGGCUCCUCCGCCGGAACCUCACCGCCGAGAUACUCCAUCCGUCCCGGGUCAAGUCAUACUCUCGGGCACGACUCUGGGUUUUAGGGAUCCUCGUACAACGCUUACAGAAUCAUGAACCCGGGGUGCCGGUGGUGGAGCAUUUCCGUUACGCCAUGUUCGGUUUGCUGUUGCUCAUGUGUUUCGGGGGCAAGCUCAAUGAAACUCAAAUUCAGGAUGUGGAGAACAUUAUGCGGAAAAUCUUGUUAGGCUUUGGCCGAUUCCAGAUGCUCAAUUUUUUUCCCAGAUUGGGCAAAAUUUUGUUCCGCAAACGUUGGAAGGAGCUGCUGCAGAUGCGCCAGGAGCAAGAAAAUGUACUGCUCCCUCUAAUCAAAGCUCGAACCCAAGCAAAACGACAAGGGAAACAGAGUGGAUCUGAGGAUGAAGAAGUGGUGGCUUAUUUGGAUACAUUACUGGGUUUGCAAUUGCCUGAUGAGAAAAGAGAGCUUAACGAUGGGGAAAUUGUGAGUUUGUGCAGUGAAUUCUUGAAUGCGGGAACAGAUACAACCACCACAGCUCUGCAGUGGAUUAUGGCCAAUCUGGUGAAAUACCCUGCUAUUCAGGAUAAGCUUUACAAUGAGAUAGUGUCCGUCGUCGGACCGCCGCGCGGGGAAUCUCAAAUGUUUGAUAUAACAGGGAGUAAAGAGAUCAAGAUGAUGCCUUUUGGUGCCGGAAGAAGAGUGUGUCCUGGGUUAAACUUGGCUUUGCUACACCUGGAGUACUUCGUGGCUAACUUGAUUUGGCAAUUUGAGUGGAAGGCUGUUGAAGGUGAUGAUGUUGAUCUGUCGGAAAAGCAAGAAUUCACCACCGUGAUGAAAAAUCCUCUCCGGGCAUUAAUCACUCCAAGAGUUCAAUCCAUUUGA